AUGCAUACAUUACUCAACAUGAAUGUCAUGCUGCUGUGGCUUGUGGUUCAGCAUCUCAGUUCACUUACUUUAGUUGGUGCAUCCAAAUGCAUCCUGCAAAAUGACUUUGAGCCGGGCCUCAUGGCUGCUGGAGAUUUUCUAAUAGGUGGUAUUUUUCCUUUACACUAUAAUCAGGAAAUGCCAGACCUCAAUUGUACUUACAAACCCGGGCCAGUCAAAUGUAAUGGGUUUGAUCCGAGAGCUUUCCGCUGGGCCAUUACAAUGAAACUUGCAAUAGAGGAAAUAAACAAAAGAGCUGAUCUCUUACCUAACCACACACUGGGUUACAAAAUAUUUGACUCUUGUGCAUACCCUUUGACAGGUCAGAGAUCAGCUGUAGCUGUUUUAAAUGGGCUAAGUGAGAAAGAAAGCCCAAUGUGUUCAGGUGCUGGUCCACUCCUUGCUAUUAUAGGAGAAUCUGGAUCAGCUCAGUCGAUUGUAGUUUCGAGAAUUUUACAGCCUUUCAGGAUUCCAAUGAUCAGUUAUUUUUCAUCCUGUGCCUGUCUGAGUGAUCGGAGAGAAUUUCCCACAUUCUUCAGAGUCAUUCCUAGCGAUGACUAUCAAGUAAAGGCCAUUGCCAAACUCCUGCUGCAUUUUAAAUGGAAAUGGGUGGGAGUGGUGCGAGGAGAUCACGAGUAUGGUCGCUUUGCCCUUCAGGGCUUACUGAGGGAGCUGGAGGGUACGGGCAUAUGUGUGGCAUAUCAGGAAAUGAUCCCUCUGUUAUAUGACCGUCACAAAGCGCUAGAAAUCAUCCGUGUCAUGAGCCACUCCACUGCUCGGGUGGUAGUGGUGUUUUCGGCAGAAGGGGAGCUCACCCCGUUCCUUAGUGACUACAUGGAGCAGAAUGUCACUGGGAUACAGUGGAUUGCUAGUGAGGCAUGGAUUACAUCCUCAGUGUUUGCAGGGAGUGAGUAUUAUCCUUUCCUGGGUGGUACGAUAGGGUUUGGAAUCCGGAAGGGCCAGAUCCCCGGCUUAAGGAAGUAUCUCACAACAGUAAACCCAGAAAUGUAUCCCUCUAAUCCUCUGGUUCAGGAGCUUUGGGGGGCUCUUUAUGGCUGUUCCCCCUCAUCAUCCAGCCUGAACGGUCAUUUGCCCCCCUGUACAGGACAGGAGAGUCUUAGGGAACAGCACUCUGCAUAUAUGAAUACUUCCAGCCCUCGCAUUUCCUAUAAUGUAUAUAAAGGAGUGUAUGCCAUUGCACAUUCUAUGCACAAUCUCAUUCACUGUACUCCUGGAAAAGGCCCUUUUAAUAACUUCACAUGUGCAGACAUAGAUAAUGUCUACCCAUGGCAGUUACAGCAUUAUCUCCAAGAGGUCUCAUUCACUAUUUUAGGAGAGACAGUGAACUUUGACAUGAAAGGUGAUUCAAUUCCAUCUUAUGACCUCAUAAACUGGCAGAGGGGCUCGGCUGGAAAUAUUGAGUUUAUUAAUGUGGGCAUGUUCGAUGGUGCGCAAGAAUCCGGCCAGGAACUGGUCAUCCAGGAGGAGGCUAUCGUGUGGCCUGGCCAUCAGACUGAGGUGCUGGUGUCUGUGUGCAGUAACAGCUGCGCUCCAGGAUUCAGGAAAGCUGUACGUCAUGGCCAGCCUCUAUGCUGCUUUGACUGUGUACCCUGUGACAGUGGCAAAAUCAGUAAUCAGACAGAUUCAAUAGACUGUAUGGCCUGCUCUGAAGAUUACUGGUCGAAUGAUGAUGGAACUAUAUGCAUUCCAAAAGUGGUUGAAUUCUUGUCCCAUGAUGCAAUGGGAUUGACCCUAACAGUGAUAGCUGUAAUGGGGGCCUGUCUCACUUUAGUGGUGUUUGCUGUAUUUCUGUAUUACAGGAACACACCUAUAGUACGCAUCAAUAACUCAGAGCUCAGUUUCUUUAUCCUGUUAUCCUUGACUCUAUGUUUUCUGUGUGCUUUGGUGUUUAUUGGAGAACCCACAUCAUGGUCCUGUAUGCUGAGACACACUGCAUUCAGCAUCACUUUCUCACUGUGUAUCUCCUGCAUACUGGGAAAGACUUUAGUGGUGCUGGCAGCUUUCACAGCUACCCGUCCUGGAAACAAUAUAAUGAAAUGGUUGGGUCCCACACAACAGAGAACCAUCAUCUUCAGCUGUACUUUAGUUCAAGUGCUGAUAUGUACGGCCUGGCUUGUAGCGUCACCGCCGUUCCCUUAUAGAAACACUAAAUAUCAACAGUCCAAGAUUAUUCUGGAUUGCAGUGUGGGAUCUGAUCUGGCCUUCUGGUGUGUUCUGGGAUAUAUCGGACUCUUGGCCUGCGUUUGCUUUUUUCUGGCGUUUUUGGCUAGGAAAUUACCAGGCAAUUUUAAUGAGGCCAAGUACAUCACUUUCAGCAUGCUUAUAUUUUGUGCAGUGUGGUUGGCUUUUGUACCUGCAUAUGUCAGUUCGCCUGGUAAAUUCACAACUGCUGUAGAGAUUUUUGCUAUAUUGGCUUCUAGUUUUGGCCUGCUCCUCUGCUUAUUCACCCCAAAGGUGUAUAUAAUUUUAUUAAAACCUGAGAAAAACACCAAACAACAUCUCAUGGGAAAAGACAAGUAA